CGUUUAUCCCGCUCACUUGAUCCGUCCAACAUGGAUAUGAAGUGUUUAUAGACGUCCAAAAAAUGCUCGGUGCUCGCAUGGCCUCUCCCCUCCUUCCAUCCUCUCGCGCCGUUUACGACGUCGCAUUCUGUCGCACUCUGUCGCAUACAAUCGAAUUCCGUCGCAACCUAUUCUUGCUCAGUCGUCCACAUCUAUCUCCUCCGUCGCGCUUUCCGCGCGCCUCUCCCCGUCGUUCCCGCUUUCCUCCCCCUGCGCUGUACUACUGCUCUGCGCGCCAAAUCCCUCAACAUCCGCGCUCUCCGCCGCCUGAACUCCUGCUCCGCCGCAGCAGUCGCGCGCAAACCGCUGCGCGCCAAGCCGCAAUGCGUAGUGAAGGCGGGAUAAUAGCGGAUGCGACUACUCAGGGGAAGACUGAAACGAAGCAGCAGGAAUCGCAGCGGCAGCAGCAGCAGCAGCAGCAGCAGCCGUUUCCUCGCGAGUUUCUGCAGUUUCUGGAAGACAAUGGGAUCGACCCGAGCAUCUACAGUCGCCAUGCCGACCUGCCCAGAUAUAUCAGGCUUCGAGCAGGGCUGAGCGACGCCGAGGUGCACGAGGUGAAGGAGGAGAUUGCAGGGCUGCUGGCUGCAGCAGAAUCAGCAGCAGCAGCAGAAUCAGCAGCAGCAGCAGAAUCAGCAGCAGCAGCAGAAUCAGCAGCAGCAGGAGCAGCAGCAGGAGCAGAAUCAGCAGCAAGAGAAGAAUCAGCAGCAAGAGCAGAAUCAGCAGCAGCAGCUGCUGGGAUGGCGGAAGUACCAUGGCUGCCAGGUUUCUUCUCCCUCCCGGGAGAUUUCAACAUUUCAGGCACUAGCGCAUACAGGAGAGGCCAGAUAUUUGGCAUGGAUGCAGCGUCAGGAGCGGCAGUGGCAGCGCUGCAGCUAUCCCCCACAGACCACGUCCUCGACCUCUGUGCCGCCCCAGGAGCCAAGCUCUGCUUGAUUUUGGAUGGUCUCUCAGCCACCCCCUCCGCUGUGCGACAUCAGGCUGCCGACAGCACUGAUGAACCCACACGGGAUCCCAUAACUGUAACAGGGACAGUCACAGCAGUGGACGUGUCUCCCUCCCGCCUGGCUGCAUGCCGCACGCUGCUCCAGAAGCACCGGCUCACUGACAGAUGCCGGCUGUUCCUGGGGGAUGCCACAGCGUUUUGGCUCGGCCCGCCUGCUGCCAAGCUGGGGAUUGGAUUCGAUGGAUUAGGGUUUAAGCCGGCUGCGGCUGCGUCUGAACAACGGUCGCCUCCUAUGGCUGAGCCGAGGGUUGAAGAUGAGAUUCGGCCUCAUCGCUCCGUUUCUCCAGGGAAGCAAGGUGCAGCAGCGGAUGAUGGUAGGGAAAGGCUUGUAGAAAGAGGUGCAGUGAUGGGUGAUGGUGCAGUGAUGGGUGAUGGUGCAAUGGCUGACGUUCGGUCAGUGACAGGUGGUCGGGCAGUGACACGUGAUAGGGCAGUGAUUGGUGAUGGUAGAGAGGGGGUUUCUGAGAGAAAGGAAGAGGAGGAGGCUGAAGGACUGUGGUGGGAGGAGGGGAGAGAAGAGCAGGAGGGAGAGGAGGAGGAGGAGAGAGAGCAGGAGGGAGGGGAAGGAGAGGAGAGAGAGGAGAAGGAAGGGCAGCAGCAGGAGGCAGAGGGGGUGGGGAGGAGGAAGAGGACGAGGAAGGAGAGGAGGAGGGCGAAGCACCUGCGAAUGUAUGAGGCGGCAUGUCGAGACACUGUGGCCGCUGCUGCUACAGCCGCUGCUGCUACAGCUGCAGCAUCAGCACUAACAGCGACAGACGAGGCAGCAACGGCGCAGUGGCAGAGAGGGCAGCGACCAGAGCUUUUCUUUGUGGGGCGAACGGCAUGGCAGUGGUGGGAUGUGGAUGCCGGGUGCGGCCAAGAAGGUUACGAUAAGGUGCUCGUGGACGCAGAGUGCACACAUGAUGGCUCCCUGAAGCACAUCCUCAAGUACGACACGUGGGGCUGGCACACCCUCAGCAAGCGGUUCCUGGACCCUCAAAGGCUCAACUCACUGGCAGCGCUGCAGCGGUCUUUGCUAGAAACCGGCUUCCUGCUGCUCAAGCCGGGGGGAAGGCUGGUGUACUCUACGUGCAGCCUCACAGUGUCACAGAACGAGGAUGUGGUGCGAUGGUUCUUGGAAAGACACUCCCAUGAGGCAGGUCAAGCUCGUUCAAGUAGAGGAGGCUAAGGGCUGGCCAUGCAGGCCUGGUGGUGUACCACACACACUCAGAUUCGACCCUCCCACUUCCAACACCAAUGCACUCUUUAUUG